UUAAUAAGUAACAGUCACUUGAGGUUCAAAGGUUCAUUCACACUAGGAACUGGGAAAACUUCCUUCGGUGGCAGUUAAAGAAAACACUUCCUUAUUUAAAUUUGUGUUAUUAUUAUAUUUGUGAAGUUAUAGAGAAUCUAAUAUGGGAAAGAAGCAGGCAGGUACAGGGUCACUGUUGAGGCGUCCGGAUAACUCCGCAUUUAAACAGCAGAGGUUACCCGCCUGGUCUCCAUCUCUCACAGCACAGACCGUACUGCCAACCUUCUACAUCCUCUCUCUCGUGUGCUUGUUUCUGGGCAUCUGGCUCCUCAUCACUGUUGAGAACACAUAUGAACUGAAGGUGGACUACACUAAUGCUGGAACAUGUGAACAAUGCUUCGAGAUGCGAAAGCACGCCAUCCACACCAGAACGACCUGCAUAUGCUCAGUCAACUUCAGUGUUCCAAAAACCUUUUCGGGCGAUGUAUUUUUUUACUACGGUCUGAGGAACUUUCAUCAGAACCUGCGGAGGUACAUGGACUCCCGCGAUGAUGCACAGAUGGUGGGGAGGAAGAACAACCUGAAGGAACCGAGUUCAUACUGCGCUCCGUUCGAUUACGAUGCAAACGGAGUACCCAUUGCCCCAUGUGGUGCUGUGGCCAACAGCAUGUUCAACGAUUCAUUUACAGUUAUGUAUUAUCCAACAAAUGGGCCAGAAGUGCAAGUUCCACUCUACAGGAAGGGCAUCGCUUGGUACACGGACAAAAACAUCAAGUUCCGUAACCCUCCGACCAACAACACAUUCAAACUCCCACAAGCUUUUGAAGGCACGACUCUGCCCUUAUACUGGCAGCGUCCGGUUUAUGAGCUGGAUGACACAGACCCCAACAACAAUGGCUUCAUAAAUGACGACCUGAUUGUUUGGAUGAGAGAGGCUGCCUUCCCUAAUUUCAAAAAGCUUUAUGGGAUUCUCAAUCGUGCUCAAGGGCCUUUCACUCAAGGGCUGCCUGCUGGCAACUACAGCAUCUCUAUAAUUUACAAUUUUCCUGUCGAGCCCUUUAGAGGUCAGAAGGAGCUGGUGAUCUCCAUGGUGACCUGGUUUGGUGGGCAGAAUUACUUCCUGCCCAUAGCGUACCUGGUGACCAGUGGACUGACCUUGGUGGCAGCUAUCGUACUCACAACGGUGUAUGUGAAAGUGGGCAAGAAGGGCAAGAACAUGGAGGAAUAAACUAAAGGAAGAAGGAAAUGUACAUCAGAAAAGAAUGACAUAAACACUGCACUUCAAGGCACAUUGGAAGCAAUUGAAUUGUACAUAUACAUUGUACAUAUCAGCCUAAUUAUGAGGGAAAAAAAUUGUUUACCAAAACCCAUUUCAUAUGUUUCUAUAAUAAUAUUAAUAGCCUUGUAUACAGUGGCAUUCAAAAAUAUGAGUUCACAUCGAAAGUCUGGGAUUAAAAAUAGAGAGUGUUCAUUUUUCAAUUCAGCUUUUGUUAUGCUUAUAAUUUGUAAUGGAAACAAACAUAUCUGUAUUAAAGUAGAAAAUUGCAAAAUAGAAACAUUUUCACAAGUGAACUUUUGAACCCCACUGUUAUGAUGAAAUGUAAAAACUGGCCAUAUCUCCAGACAGGAAAUGAUAAUGGAUAAGUAUAAUUUCCAGCUGUUUUGAAAUCAUUGCACUGGGCUCUUCUCACAUCUGAUAUGAUCUAAGUUUGGAAUAGCAUACUACUAACUUAUUUAUGCUGUAUGGAGGGCCUAUAUUGUGCAUAGUAUGCAACUUUACUUUCUACAGUGCAUACUCAGUUGACUCACAAUAUUUGUAAAAGUGCCGUAUAAAAAGGGGACACUUGAUCUUC